ACCAGCAGAAACAGGUACACUAUCAUGCCCUCUCUUCGUCUCGGCAGCAUCGCCCCGGAUUUUGAGGCCGAUACCACGAAGGGCCACAUCCGGUUCCACGACUGGAUCGGUGAUUCUUGGGCCAUCCUGUUCUCCCAUCCUGGAGACUUUACUCCCGUCUGCACGACGGAGUUGGCCGAGGUAGCGAGGAAAGCACCCGAGUGGGCGAAGCGCAAUGUGAAGGUGAUCGGCAUUUCCGCGAAUGACCUGAAGGACCACAACAAGUGGAUCACGGACAUCAACGACUAUGGGUCGCAGACGCUCGGGCCGACGAAUGUUCAGUUCCCCAUCAUCGCAGACGCGGACAGGAGGAUCUCGACGCUGUACGACAUGCUGGACGAGCAGGACGAGACUAACCGCGACGCGAAGGGACAGCCCUUUACCAUUCGCACUGUCUUCGUGAUUGAUCCCAAGAAGGUUAUCCGGCUGACGAUCGCGUACCCAGCGCAGACCGGAAGGAACUUUGACGAGAUCUUGAGGGUGGUUGAUUCACUGCAAAUCGGAGAUAAGUACCGUGUCACCACGCCGGUGAACUGGAAGAAAGGCGAGGACGUCAUCGUGCAUCCCACCGUGAGCAAUGAGGAGGCCAAAACGCUGUUCCCGAAGGUUAAGUUCUACGAGCAACCGUACCUCAGGACGACGCCGCUCAAGGUGGAUUGAGCGAUGGAAUCUCCGUGGGAGAGCGAAAGUGUACUAGUACGUGUGAUGAUUGUGAGACAUUGCAAGCGAUGUACAGCCGCGAUGGUAUGGCCCCGCGGCGUAGCCUUGGCCGCAUGAUCGAGCGAUUGAGAAUACAACGCAUGCCCUUUUCAUCGACUGAUCGCUGGCAAAGAAUGGAUAGGAGGCUUCCACGAUUGAGUCAGAGUGUAAUGUAGUGUGAGAGUUGCUCGUAGCACCGAUCUCCUGAAACCGCACAGCAUGUAUGAUGAAGUGACGGCGUGCGUUCCUGGAAAUCGGCAUACGCAAUGCCGGGGUUU